UAAGAAUAGUCACGAUCGAUAAUCACCAGAGCAGUCAGUCUCUCUACUUGCUUCUUUUCUGGGUUGGCCUGUUAGCUCGAGAUCUAUUGACGACCACCUAUUCUUGGUCGUGCUUGCAGCAGGGUAGCCAGCUUGUGGACCCUGUCUAAGUGAGGUGAGAAGAGAAAAAAAAAGAUACAUAAUGGCCCCGACCCACGAGCAUGUCAUCCCGGGGACUAUCUACGGAGCGGUACCCCGGUUUCCACCUGACCAGCCGUAUAUUCCGAUCCCGGCUGCACCAACCGCCGGAGACACACAGCCCGCAUCUGCGUCCGCACCCGUGCCGCCUAUGGAAUGGGAUACCGGGCUUGUGAGCCAUGGGUUCAACUGGACCCGAGUCGACAAUGAUCGACGGCAUAGCGGAUGGGAAGAGGUCGAGAAAAGGUGGAUGAGACAACAACAACAACAACAGCAAGAUAUAGAACAGCAGCAGUCAUCCCAGCAAGCAGCGUCGGCGCAGCCAAGAGGGGGCAGCGGACCGCGACCGAAGAAAGACACCAACAGCAAGGCCGCGGCGCUCUUCCCAUACCCGCACCUCGCGGUCCCCGUGCCGGGCCUCUCGGCCGAGCCCGACUUCCGCAUGCGGGUCAAGCUGAACCCCCAAUCGGCGUCGGUGGCCGUGGGCGACGGCUUCAAGAAGUGGACUACGUUCACCGAGGGCGAGUGGUCGGGCCGCUUAGGAUGCGGCGCGGUCGUGAGCGGUGGCCAAGACUGCCAGGACCUAGUCCACGGGACGACCAUGGCGACACAAGUCGAGGCCACGCAUCGUCUCAAGACAGCCGACGAGGUACCAGCAUUCAUAGAGUGUAAGACCCGGGGAUUCCGGACCGGGCCGGCAGAGGCGAUGCGUGCGCUGCGCGACCCAGGGGAAGCAGCGACCAUAGACCCGAGGCAGAUCCAAUACAGGGUAUCCCUAUCCAUGAAGACGACGGACGAGCGGUACGCGGAAAAGGUCAAUCUCGGCUUGUGGAUAGGGAGUUGCUUGUGGAGAGGCUCGGAGGUGAUUUACGACGUAUACAGGGUCACGUAGCGGAGGUUGGAAAUGUGUUAUGCAUCGAACGCAGUGAACUACCUAGGUAUGGUAUGGUAUGGUAUAAUGGAGACCAAUAUUGAGCAGCCAUAAAAGCUGUGCUCGGCAGUUCAAACUGUGAUGUUAUCGACCAGUCAAGUUCCAAGAGAAAAUAGGAAGAGCUUAAGUAUAGCAGUUGAGCGAUUGAC